AGUAACAAAGGUGAUGGCGACUGAUUUUAACAAAAAUGGGGUAUGGGAUACAGAGGACAGUAAGAUUGCAGCUGAGAAGAUUAUUAAAGCAGGAAACCUUAAAGGAGCUAAAGCUGAAGAAGUACGUAUGUUUUAUCUCCAAGUCCCAUAUUACUUCGACACCUCGAACAAUAUAACAGAAUGGCUUCUUGGGGACUACAACUAUAGCAAGGACUUGAACAGCCGACCCUAUGUCUAUGAAUACAUGGCAACAUGGUUCAGAGCCCUGGAUUUGAAUGGGGAUGGUGUCAUUGAUCUGAAAGAAUACAAGGUUUUCUGGGAUGCCUAUGACCUUGACCUUAAUUAUAUGAAGCGCCAGUUUGACUAUAUUGAUGAGGAUAAAGAUGGCAAGAUAACAUCUCAGGAGUUUGUUGAGGCAGUUCUCGACUAUUUUUACAACACCGAGGAAAAUGAUAACAUCUUUUGGGGACCGCUUCAAGAUUUUCAAAUGAUUUAAGUCAUUGUAGAC